CGCCCGCCUCUCCGGCUCUCGGCGGCUGUCUCCGGGUCUGUACCUGCUGCCUCCCCCGGUCCUCCUGCUCCUCCUCCUCCUCCCCCCGGUCCUCCUCCUGCUCCUCCCGCUCCCCCUCCUCCUCCUCCCCUCGGCUCCCCCCUCUCUCGGUGCGGACAUGCUCCCGGGGCUCCGGAGAUGAGGCUCCGAAAUGUCUCCUUCCUGACGGUCUUGUUGUUCGGGCUGUGCGGGCUGGUCUCCCUGUCCUGGUACACCGCCUUCAGCAGCUCCAGAGGAGAUGUGGUGGAUAUCUACCAGAGGGAGUUCCUGGCGCUGAGGGAGCGCCUCCACUCGGCCGAGCAGGAGAACCUGCGGCGGUCCAAGGAGCUGAACCUGGUCCUGGACGAGAUCAAGAGGGCCAUCGCUGAGAAGCAGGCGCUGCGAGACAUCAACCGGACCUGGAGCAGCCUGUCCGAGGAAACCAGGCUGAAGCUGUGGAACGUGAGCUCCAGCAAGAACGUCCUGCAGCUGCCCUCCAUCUUCCAUCAUCUCCCUCACCUGCUGAACAGAGAGGACAGCCUGCAGCCGGCCGUGCACCUGGGACAGGGACGCACCGGAGUCUCCAUAGUGAUGGGGGUCCCCAGUGUGAAGAGGGAGGUCCACUCCUACCUGACCGACACGCUCAGCUCGCUGAUGUCCGAGCUCAGCGCCGCCGAGAAGGACGACUGUGUCAUCGUGGUCCUCAUCGCUGAGGCUGACCAGCAGUACGCCACCAGUGUAGCAGACAACCUGAAGCGCCUUUUUCCAGCAGAGAUCCAGUCGGGUCUCCUGGAGGUCGUCUCUCCGUCCGUCCACUUCUACCCGGACUUCUCUCGCCUCCGAGAGUCCUUCGGAGACCCGAAAGAGAGAGUCAGGUGGAGGACGAAGCAGAACCUGGACUACUGCUUCCUGAUGAUGUACGCCCAGUCCAAAGGGACGUACUACGUGCAGCUGGAGGACGACAUCGUAGCGCGUCCAAACUACUUCACCACCAUGAAGAACUUUGCUCUGCAGCAGCCGUCGGAGGAGUGGAUGAUCCUGGAGUUUUCUCAGCUCGGCUUCAUCGGGAAGAUGUUCAAGUCUCUGGACCUGUCGCUCAUCGUGGAGUUCAUGCUCAUGUUCUACAAAGACAAGCCCAUCGACUGGCUGCUCGACCACAUCAUGUGGGUCAAAGUGUGCAACCCAGAGAAGGACGCGAAACACUGUGACCGGCAGAAAGCCAACCUGAGGAUUCGCUUCAAGCCGUCGCUCUUCCAGCACGUCGGCACCCACUCCUCGCUGGCCGGAAAGAUCCAGAAGCUCAAGGAUAAGGACUUUGGGAAGCAGACUCUGCAUAAAGGUCACGCCAACCCGCUGGCGGAGGUGACCACCAGCCUGAAGACGUACCAGCACUUCACCCUGGAGAAGGCCUACCUGGGGGAGGACUUCUUCUGGGCCUUCACCCCGGUGGCCGGGGACUUCAUCCGGAUACGCUUCUUCACGCCCGUCCGCAUCGAGAGGUUUUUCUUUCGGAGCGGAAACAUCGAACAUCCAGGAGACAAACUCUUCAACACGUCAGUGGAAGUUCUGCCCUUCGAUAAUAUCCAGGCAGAGAAGGAGGCCUUGACUGAAGGACGCGACAAAACGCCAAAGUACCAUCGAACCGAAGAUGGAUUCAUCAGGAUAGGAAACUUCCAGAACGGGAUUGCCGAGGGGGAGGUGGACCCCAGCUUCGGUCCCCUGGAGGCCAUGCGUCUCUCGGUGCUGACGGACUCACCGGUGUGGGUGAUCCUCAGCGAGAUCUUCAUAAAGAAAGCAGAGUGACGCUCCUCCUCCUCCUCCUCCUCUCCCCCCUCAGCGAUGCCUCCUUCAGCCCAGCCGGCCAGAGGCUCGCCAGCUGCCGUCCUGCCUCCAGUCCAGCUCUCCAGACCCUCACCGCGGUGCCACAGCGCCGCCGUCUGGCCGGCCCUCGCCGCUGCGGGACAGAGACUGAGAACAGACAGGUGUGGGGGUCUCCUCCGAGAGAGCUGCAGAUGUAAUUAACUCCUGAGGAUUCUGUAUUUAUGUGUACAUACGGUCAGAUUCAUGUUGAAACACUGGUGACCACGGAGGAGGGAGUGCCCGGCCGCCUGCGCCACCGCCUCUGAUCAUCAAUCUGCUGCUUCCAGACUCAAAGGCCUCUUUCCACAUGUCCCAGACUCCCCCGCUCCCCUCCCCUCGGUGCACCCCCCCCCCCCACCUCACUAACCACAGAUAUGCAUAGAAACUCUCAUGUGUUGGUGUGUUGUCGCUGCUCGGGCAUUCAGACGUUCUCCCUCUGCAGCCAUUUUGCCUUAAAAACAAGAGCAGAUUUCACAAAAGGCGCUCCAGACCAGACCAUGUAGCGUACCCAGAAUCCUUUGCUGCACCUGAGACCUGCUCACAUCAUUGUGGCUUGAAACUACUGAAGAUGACGGCGGCUGUUUCCCUUUUUUAAACUGUCUUUUCAAAUGGUUUUGAGUUAACUGAGGCCUUUUUACUGACGACCGCUCGGUGUCUGACUCCACAGCACUGCACAGCAGCGACUCCCCACCCGGGGAGCCAGGGCCUCCUAUUGGGGACUGGUGGAUAGCUCAGAUUUGCACAUGUUGAAGAAAACCGUAAUUCAAGUCGUUCUAGUAUCCAGAGUUAUCCUUUUGUAUGUUUGAGGAAAAGGAUGGGUCCAAAGUGUCGGUCUGCUGCCUUUCUGUAGCACUCUUUAAUGACUAUUGGAUCUGAACCUGGAAAAUUGCCCAGUGCGUUUAUGCUUUUAUUUUGAAGAUGGUCGUGGUUGUGUUGGGUUCCAGUGAUCUGGGCCGGGCUGGGUUUGUCUGGGUUGGGAGUGGCUGCUCUGCUGUGCUCUGUCCUCCUGGUACUGUGCUGUAGUUUUUUUCCAAUCCAGUGCGCAGACACGUCACGUCUUUACUUUACCUCCUUUGAAUCACACAGGUUUGAUUUAGCUGUUUUCUGUGAAGACGCCGCCUCCCC